UUGACGCACUUUCGUUCGGUGUCGAGGAUGUGUACCUUCUCAAGCUGAAGAUAUACCCAGAUAACAAUGGUCUUUACGAGCUUGGGAUCUUUUUUGCCAUAGCCACGACGUGUCACGAGCUGCACUAUGAACGCCAACAGUAGCCGGCGAAAUGGCAAGCCAGCAUCAUGCGAGCCAUGCCGAUUGAACAAGACAAAGUGUGAUCAUGGCCAUCCAAAAUGCGACCGCUGCCGACAACGAGGCAUCGAAGAUCGCUGUUUCUACCAUCCGGCCCCACUCACCAAACCUCGUAGUGCCGUUGACGACACAGGCACCGGCGAGUCGCGCCCAUUGAAGAGAAAACGACCGUCAAAAGCGAACCAAAACUCAGAUCCAUUGUAUCCCCCGCCAUCUCCAGGACAAGGCGACAAGCUCGCCGAUGCCGUUGCUGCCGAUGUAUACCACCCAGGAUUCCUUGGACCUGGCUCUUAUGGAGUUCUCCUACCGCAAGACGACGAGUCGGACCGACUGCGUGAACGCGAACUGUCAGUCGCAUCCGAGAGAUCGGAUCGAGAGUUGACUCAUCAACACGUGCUCACCAAGUCUAUGAGGUAUCAGAUGGCAAGUGACGUGUUGAGCGCCUUCCGUCACUACAACUCCAUACGAGAACUCAUAUUGUGGUAUAAUGCAGGCAACGAAGCGGGCGUGGUGCCAUCACAGCUCCAGAUCGAUGCCAUCCACGCCAUGGAAUCCGUGGUCGACAAGCACAACCUACGACACGUACCCCCAAGCUCUCAGUUAAUCGCUCAGGUCUUGGAAAGCACAAGUCGACCGUUUACGAUAUCCCAAUCUCUAGAAGCUCGUGACUUUCAUAUUCUCUGUUCAGGAGAGAAUCUGCGGUUCGAGACCAUCGGUUUCCUCCUCGCAACUGCCGGACGGUCACUGACUUUUGGAUUUGCACCUGAUCUGUUCAGUGACCCUGCUAACCGGAAUUUGAAGUCACGAUUUAUCGACGAACUCCUUCGUGCAAGCACAACUUGUCUUUUUCUUUGCACCAUGCUAGCCACGGUAAACGAUGUUAACAUUUGGAUGUACUACGAGAACUACCUCUUCACUGUCAUGAUGUGUGGCUAUGCUGGCCCGCCUUCAUGGAGGCGCAUUGGCGAGCUAGCAACACAAAUGUUCGCGUUGGGAAUCCACAAAGAAUCCACAAGUGCUGAUGUCCCCAUGUGGCUCCGCGAGACCCGUCGAAGAGUCUUCUGCUCAUCCUAUAACCAGGAUAAGUCCAUUGCCACGUUUCUUGGACGUCCGAUACGAAUAAGCAAAAGACAUACCGACAUCAGCCUUCCACUCGACGUUGCCGACGAUGAGACCACCGAUGACAAGGCAGUCUUGGAGUCAGCCACCCAAACCUUGGAUGCUGAAGGGUGGAACACAAAAGGCCGGUGGCUACGAGCCUCGUGGAUCCGGCUGCGCCAUCUCUCUCUCCAGUUCCGAGAAGAGAUUUUAGAGUUCUCGUUUGUAAAACUCGAUGAGAACGUUGAACAUCAAUUACUUGACAUAUCUCAACGCAUACGUACAUCUUGGGAUUCCCUUCCCAAACACAUGCGCUAUUGGAAGACAUGCUGGGUCGAGGACGUACCCUCGACUGUAUGCCUCAUGCUCAUCAUCGUUCACUUGACGCACUGGUACAACGAAUUUAUGAUUCAAAAACUCCUCGACUAUCAACCCUUGACUCUCAACAUUGCCUUGCUCCGCGUUUCAGUCGACCUCCUCGCCAAUGUACUCACGCUCGGCACAAUCCGCGAUCGGAGCUACGAUAUCCACCGGGACCUGCUGCAUGCUAUUCUGCUAUUUGGUGUACCUGCCGCGUCAGUAUUAGCCACUGCGCUCCGCGAACAGCAGCAGACGGGCCAGCAGUUCCCUGCCGAUGUGUCAAGAGCGGAAAUUAUACGCAUGCUCAGCGUGCUCAUCUCGCAUCUCGACGCCGCUGCACAUGUCGAGAAUUCUGGAGCUAGGCAGGGCGAGGCGAAUUAUAACUUGUGUCGCAAGGCGGGUAAGAUUUUCACAAGGGUUAUUGAUGCGGUGCUGGAUGCUCAAGCGCCUGGGGGCAGUGAGGUCACGCCGGGUAGUGAGCAGCUAGGCCUAGACCUGUUCACGGGCCCGGGUCUGGAUGGGUUUGAGGGGACGGAAUUUGGUGGGUUUGGGAUGCAAUUUGGUGCAGGUGGAGCAGGGAUUGGGAAUGAUGGAAUUGACUGGGGCGCUAUUGGGCAGUGGAGUCUUUGAAAUAAUGCUGAGCGAUUUUGUAACAAUAUUAAAUAUUACGAGAAGUUCAAAGUACUAACCAGCUCCAAGGCAAAGCCUUUUAGGCAACAUGUGAAGUCACAAUUGAUGAAUCGAGACUAAUACAAGUUUACUCAGGGCAUUGCAGUAGAAUCAUGAUAUUUCCAACCUCGCAAGAUGCUCAACGCCUUCU